AUGGGUUCUUGUUCUUCGCGACAAAUGAAAUAAUAGAUGAAAGCAAAAAUAUAGGAAUCUAAACAAAAAUAAUCAUAAUCAGCUACUCCAAACAGGCAAACAACUAAAAUAAAUAGUAUAAGAUCACAAUCUAGACACAAUACACAUACAGCAAUAUAGUCUCAGAAUGAUUUGAACCAGUUAGGCUAUAGUUUGAAAAACAUAAAUUUCUUUCUAAUCUAUAGAAACACAAAUUUUUCUUCCUUCUAUAGCUUACUCAAGAAAGAGGAUAAAGAUAACCCGUUUACAACUAUCCAACAUAAUAAUGCUGGGACUGUGAGAAUAAUAAAGAGUUACAAAUCCACAGAUUCAAAAUAUAUAGCUUAAUUACUCAAAUAUUAACUUCAUCAUCCAAAUUUGAUAUAAUAGUUUGAAAUAUAUGAGGAAUAAUAGAAAUAUCAUGUGGCAGAGGAGAAUAACAACAAAAUAGUCGUGCUAAAUUAAAAAACAUUUAAUGAUGAAAAGGAAAUUGCUUUUAUUUUUAAUUAGAUAGUUGAGGUUAUUGAAUAUCUACAUCACUAAAAUUUAACGCAUGGACAUUUGACAAUGGAAUGCUUUGCUCUAUUUGGUGAUUAAUACAUCAAGUUAUAUGAUUUAUUUCAUUUAUUUAUGAAGAAAAAGCCAACUCUAGAAGAAACACACUAUUUACCACCAGAAUAUUUUGAUAAUUAAGAAUAUUCCGAAGAAAGGGAUAUUUGGUCUUUGGGGAUAAUUUUAUAUAAUUUACUAUAUCACAACUCUCCUUAUGAAUCUAACAUAGCAAGUUUGCUUAAAUUUGAUAUAAAAGCAUCAAAUAUUUCAUAUUAAAAUAAAAUAUCAGAAGAAGCUAUAUCUUUAUUAUAAUAAAUAUUAGAAAAGAAUCCAAAAAAAAGAAUUAGGAUAAGUGAAAUAACAAAACAUCCCUGGUUUAAAAAGUAAUAGGUUUUCUUAGAUGAUGAUCAUAUUAGAGAGACUUUGUAAAGAUUAAGAUUAUCAAAGAAACUUAAUAUUUUAUAGGUUUACUUACUUAAAUUUAUAAUUAAUAAUUAUCCACCUGACAAAUUAAGAGAAAUAUACUCUGUAUUUCGAUCACUUGAUUUAGAUAAUGAUGGAUUUUUCAGCAUUUCAGAACUAAUCACUUCCUACACUGAAUAUGUUGAAGAUUCUGAAAAUACUAAAAUUAUAUGCAUGAAUAUAUUUUAAAAGGUAGAUAUGGAUAAGGAUAAAAAAAUCACUUUUUAGGAGUUCAUUUUGUAUGCUUUUGAUCGAAAAGAGUUAAUUGAAGAAGAAGUGAUUACCACAAGUUUCAAAUUACUAAAAAAUAAAAAGAAUUUUAUUACUGCUGAAACAUUGGCAGUUUAGUACACUUUAGAUAAAGAAUAUUUUACAGACAUGAUGAAUGAGCAUUUGAAAAAAGAUUAUAUCACUUUAAAAAGCUUUAAAGAACUUAUGAAUAAAAUAGUUUGA